UGAAAAGUAUCAGUCAGCCGUUACACGGUUUGAAGUGAUCUUGUGUAUCGUCGAAUCUCACAACACAGACCACGUUAACAUGAAUACGCUGGUGGUGUUCUUUGCUCUAUGUGCGGUAGCAUGCGGCUCCCUGGUGCCGCUGGCGCAGCCUCCUCACCACCCCGCGGUCGUGCUGGACCCGCACGGCCGCCCGCUCGACACCGCCGAGGUGAUCAACGCCCGCGCCCUGCACCUGCAGGCUAAGGCCCUGGAUGGACACUACGCUCCCCUCGCGCACGCCGCCGUCGUGCCCGUCGCCCACUCCGUGGUCGCCCCCGCCGUGGUGGCCGCUCCCGCUGCCGUGUCCCACCAGUCCCGCGUGGAUGUGCACAGCAGCCCCGCCAUCGUGAGCCACGCCGUUGCCGCUCCCGUAGUAGCGCACAGCGUCUACUCCGCUCCCCUGCUGGCCCACUCCGCCCUCGGCUACGCCGGUCACGGACACUACCUGAAGAAGCGCUCCCUGGGACACCUCGCCUACGCCGCUCCCGUCGUCGCCCACGUAGCUCCCUCCGCCGUGUCGCACCAGUCCCGCGUGGACGUCGUCUCCAGCCCCGCCGUGGUGUCCCACGCCGUCGCUCCCGUAGUAUCCCACGCCUACGCCGCUCCCGUGGUGGCUCACGCUGCCCCCGUGGUCGCUGUGGCUCCCUCUGCCGUGUCCCACCAGUCCCGCGUUGAUGUGCGCACCAGCCCCGCUGUUGUCUCUCACGCCGUCACUCCCCUCGUCCACGCUGCUCCAGUCUACGCUGCCUCUGUUUAUGGUGCCCACGGAUACGCCGCGUAUGGUGCCCAUGCUGGACUCGCUCACCUUUUGAAGAAGCGGUCUGUUGCUCACUUCGUGGCUCCCGUUGUGCACGCCGUUCCUUCUGCUGUGUCCCACCAGUCUCGCGUUGAUGUGAUCUCCAAGCCCGCUGUGGUGGCCACCUAUGCUCACGCCGCCCCUGCUGUAUACGCUGCCCCCGCUGCUGUGUACGCCGCGCCGGUGUCCCACUUCGCCCCGAUUGCCCACUCUGCCAUCUGGACCGCUCCCCAUCAUCUAAGCGCUGCACAUUGGUAAAGCAAACUGAGAUUCGACGAAAACGAAUAUAUUUUUCGUUUUAAUACUUAUUUAUUAAAAUGAAUAGACGAAU